AUGGGGAAGGUGGCCACUGCGGCCGAGCUGGGCGUGCGGCUCCUGCUGCUGGCGGCCUUGGUGGUCACGGAGCUGCUGCCUCCCUUCCAGAGGCGCAUCCCGCCCGAGGAGAUGUGGCUGUACCGGAACCCCUACGUGGAAGCCGAGUACUUCCCCGCAGGGCUGGUGUUUGUCAUCGCCUUCCUGUCCCCGUUGUCCCUCGUCCUGCUGGCCAGGCUGCUCGGGAAGACGGACGGCGCGGACAGCAGGCAGGCCUGCCUGGCUGUCAGCCUGGCCCUGGCUCUCAACGGUGUGGUGACUAACACGGUCAAAGUCAUCGUGGGGAGGCCGCGCCCGGACUUCUUCUACCGCUGCUUCCCCGACGGGCUGGCCCGCGCAGCCUUGGCGUGCACCGGCGACCAGGCCGUGGUGAACGAGGGCCGCAAGAGCUUCCCCAGCGGCCACUCCUCCUUUGCCUUCGCCGGCCUGGCCUUCGCCGCCUUCUACCUGGCAGGGAAGCUGCACUGCUUCACGGCCCGGGGCCGGGGCCAGUCCUGGCGCCUCUGCGCCGUCCUGGCCCCUCUGCUGCUGGCCACCGUCAUCGCCCUGUCCCGCACCUGUGACUACAAGCACCACUGGCAAGACGUCCUGGUGGGCUCCAUGAUCGGGACGGCAUUCGCCUAUGUUUGCUACCGGCAGUACUACCCGCCACUGACACACACACAAUGCCACCGGCCGCUCCAGGACAUGGCAGGACCGCCAGUCGAGCUGAGCCAGCUCGGUGACGCUCACCGCUUUGAUGUUUAGAAGCGGUCACAGCUUCCGUGGAGCCCAGGUGAGUCUCCCUUCCAGGAGGUCCCAAACCCGACAGCCAUCUGACACGGUCUGGGCAACACCGAGUCUCUGGGGUCGCAUCCUCGCUCUGCCAGUACCCAGGUGUCCACAGUGCCUGCCAAUAGCCUGCAAGGUCUGGAUGGAGCUUGGGGCUACUGUGGGCAUCCCGGGAGCAGAGCCUGCCUUUCAGAUGAAGUGAGCAACGCUUUCAAGUUUCUAUUAGAAAAUGCCAGGCUUUUGGAUCCCUCCCGAGGUAGGGCUGAGGGCUCCAGGCAGCU